UCGUCUCUUCUGUAUUUCCUUGUUGUAGACUCUUUACAAUGUGAAUUCAUUUCUUAGUUUGCAUUGAUAGAACGCCAAGUUGCUCUUCCAAAACAAAGAAGGGAGGGAGUUCUCAAUCCCCUUUCCUCUAUCAGUUUUCUCUCCCUUUUUCUUUUUGUCUGGCUAAAAGAUCAGAGAAACGUUCUUCAGACAAGAAGAAGAAGACGGUGCAGCAAUCCAUGCUGCUAUGCUGCAAGCUUUACAUCUCUGAAACACGAAACAAUUCGGCUCUUGAGUCAAUCGAACGAGCUGCCAGGCUCAACCCAGAAACCGUAAUCGUAAACAAAUUCCAAGAUGGUGUUUACAACAGGGUGAGGUUCACGCUUGUUUCUUAUGUUGCUCAUGAUAGCACUGGGAGUCCCAUCUAUAGCCCCUUGCAGCAGACAGUGCUGGCCAUGGUGGGAGCGGCUUAUGAAGCCAUUAACCUGGAGCUGCACUCGGGAGCACACCCAAGGCUUGGAGUGGUCGACCAUAUCUGCUUCCAUCCCUUGGCUCGAGCUUCCCUGGAUGAAGCAGCUUGGCUUGCUAAAUUAGUGGCCGCUGAUAUUGGCAACAGGCUCCAAGUGCCCGUAUUUCUGUAUGAAGCCGCACACCCUACUGGUAAGGCUCUUGAUAGCAUUAGGCGCGAGAUGGGCUAUUUCCGGCCAAAUUUCAUGGGCAAUCAAUGGGCAGGCUGGGCUCUUCCUAAUGUACUUCCUGAGAAGCCAGAUGAGGGCCCGACUGAGGUGUCUCCGGCCAGAGGCAUCGCCAUUAUCGGUGCAAGUCCGUGGGUAGCAUUGUACAAUGUACCAAUCAUGUCCGCAGAUGUCUCAGUCACCAGAAGGAUUGCUCGGAUGGUAAGUGCGCGGGGCGGUGGGCUUCCCACUGUACAAACAUUGGGUCUUGUCCAUGGUGAGGAUUCAACCGAGAUAGCAUGCAUGCUAUUGGAGCCCAACCAGGUUGGAGCUGACAGGGUGCAGCACCGAGUGGAGAUGCUAGCUGCUCAGGAAGGAUUGGAUGUGGAGAAGGGGUAUUUCACUGAUUCUUCACCAGAGAUGAUUGUUGAGAAGUAUAUGAAACUGGUUUCUGAUAACUCAGAGCAUGUGGGUUGAACUCUAUUUCAGCAACUGAACCCAUUGAACGCUCACUGAUAGGUUCUAUAACUAUGUACUAUAUAAUAAAAGAAUGUCUGCAAUGUCAAGCACUACACCAUUAAUCCAAUCUGGUGUUUUGUUACUCCUU